AUGAAUGAGAUCAACAAGAACGCUCACCUCUUACCCAACAGCACAAUGUCGGCUAUCUUUGCUGACACUGCUCGCAAUGAAAUAGGAGUCUGUCAGGCAACUAUGGACGUCCUUUUCUUCCACCAGCGGAACCCCCUUAACUACAUACGUGCCAACAAAAACAAGCUAAUGGCCAUCAUUGGAGGGCUCACCACUCGUAAUUCAAAGCAGAUGCCCCACAUAUUAAAUAUCUACAAAGUGCCACAGCUUCACUCCUUCCUGAAACACAUCUGCUUCAAUAAUAGUGCUGGUGAAGAAAUAUCUUUCAAUAAAAAUGGAGACAUGGCAAGUGGAUAUGAUAUCACCAACGUGGUCACAUUCCCCAAUAGAUGUGUUGAGAGUUGCCGUCCUGGACACAGCAAGGUCAUGCAAGAGGGGCAACAGAUUUGUUGUUAUGUUUGCCGUCAGUGCCCUGAACAAAUGAUUUCAAACCUGACUGAUGCAGAUCAUUGCAACAAGUGCCCUGACGAUCAGCAUCCAAACAGGAAUCAGGACCAGUGUAUCUCCAAGCAUAUUGUCUAUUUAGCUUAUGAAGAAUCCUUGGGAAUAAUUCUGGCUUCAUUUGUUCUUUUCCUUUCUCUGAUAACGUUUGUGGUUAUGUGGAUCUUCAUUCAACACCAGGAGACUCCCAUCGUCAAGGCCAACAACUGGAACAUCACCUGCACCCUCCUCAUUUCCCUAUUACUUUGCUUUCUCUGCUCCUUCCUAUUCAUUGGAAAGCCUGGGAAGGUGGCCUGCCUUCUCCGUCAAACAGUGUUUGGGGUUGUCUUCUCCCUGGCUGUUUCUUGCGUGUUGGCAAAAACCAUCACUGUGGUUCUGGCCUUCAUGGCCACCAAGCCAGGAAACAGGAUGAGGAAAUGGGUGGGGAAGAGGCUGGCAGGGUCAGUCAUCUUCCUUUGCACUCUUAUUCAAACUGGCAUCUGUGCACUGUGGUUGGCAACCUCUCCUCCCUUCCCAGAGUUUGACAUGCAUUCACAGACCACCCAAAUCACUGUGCAGUGCAAUGAAGGAUCAGCCCCCAUGUUUUAUACUGUCUUGGGCUACAUGGGGCUUCUGGCCAUCAUCAGCUUCACUGUGGCUUUCUUUGCCAGGAAGCUGCCUGAUACUUUCAAUGAAGCCAAGCUCAUCACUUUCAGCAUGUUGGUUUUCUGCAGUGUUUGGCUAUCCUUUGUCCCCACCUACUUGAGCACCAAAGGAAAAUACAUGGUGGCUGUGGAGAUCUUCUCCAUUUUAGCCUCUAGUGUGGGUUUGCUGGGCUGCAUCUUCUUCCCCAAGCUCUAUAUUAUUGUACUUAGACCAGAAUUGAAUGCCAGGGAUCAACUAAUAAGGAAACGGAAUGGGGAAAACUGGGGUUUAUAUAGAAACAGU